UUCCCUCGUUUUCUUCUUCUUCUUCUUCUUCCCUUUCUUCCUACCUUUUUUAAUCUCUUUCAGAUCUCCCUCCAAUUCCUCUCCGCUUCCUCCUCUGCUUUUCCUACAAUUCGCCUAACCCUAACCCCGAUCCCCUCCUCUUCUCCAUCUUCUUCCCCCAUGAACCCUUCUUCUCAGCCGCCUCACCAGAUCAUGCACCCUCCCAAACGCCACCUCCCCUUUCCGCCCGCCCGCCCGCCCUUCGUCCCCUCGCCCGGGGACUACCACCGCUUCUCCUCCUCCGGCCGCGUCCCCGAUCACGAGGCCGACGAGGCCGUGGUGGUAAAAUCUCCGCAAUUAAAGCGGAAAAGUGAACCCGAUUAUGAAGCUGAGUCUAGCGAGUGGACUGCUGUUCCUGGUUUUACUGACGUAGUCAACAGUCCUGUCCAGACACCUGUAUCAGGAAAAGGAGGAAAGGCACAGAAAACAUCAAGGAUUACCAAGUGCAGCAGGUCUGGACCUCAAACUCCAGUAUCUAAUGCUGGUUCUCCUGGAAAUAAUCUUACUCCAGUAGGUCCCUGUCGUUAUGAUAGCUCACUAGGUCUCUUGACAAAGAAGUUCAUUAAUUUGAUUAAACAUGCAGAAGAUGGUAUUCUUGAUCUAAAUAAAGCUGCCGACACUUUAGAGGUACAGAAGAGGCGUAUAUAUGACAUAACCAAUGUCCUUGAAGGAAUUGGUCUCAUUGAGAAGAAGUUGAAGAAUAGAAUUCAGUGGAAGGGACUUGAUGUCUCGAGGCCAGGAGAGGUUGAUGAAAAUGUUACUAGUUUACAGGAAGAAGUUGAAAACCUUUCUAUUCAGGAGCGCAGAUUAGAUGCACAAAUAAGAGAUAUGCAAGAAAGAUUGAGGGACCUGAGUGAAGAUGAAAACAAUCAAAAGUGGCUUUUUGUCACUGAAGAAGACAUCAAGGGGUUACCCUGCUUCCAGAAAGAAACCUUGAUAGCAAUUAAAGCCCCACAUGGCACCACACUAGAAGUCCCAGAUCCUGAUGAGGCUGUUGAUUAUCCUCAGAGGAGAUACAGAAUAGUUCUUAGAAGCUCAAUGGGCCCUAUAGAUGUUUACCUUGUCAGUCAAUUUGAAGAGAAGUUUGAGGAGAUUAAUGGUCUUGAGGCACCUCCAAGUUUUCCAUCAAGUUCAGGAUAUAAUGAGGACCCAACAGCAGCAAUGGUAACAGAAGAGAGCAGAGGGAAGGAGAUUGAAAUACAGGGACAAGAUGCUCAUAGAAUGUCCUCUGAUCUUAAUGCGUCACAAGAUUUUGUGAGUGGGAUAAUGAAGAUCGUUCCAUCAGAUGUUGAUAGUGAUGCAGAUUACUGGCUUUUGUCAGAUGCCGAUGUGAGCAUCACAGACAUGUGGAGGACAGAGCCUGGAGUUGAAUGGAAUGAGUUAGAUGCUCUUAAUGAUGACUAUGCAAUGGCUAAUGUCAGCACACCACAGCCUCAAACUCCACCAUCUAGUGCUGCGGAAGUGCCUCCUGCUGCCAAUACUCCAGGGAGGUGAAUUAGAUUGGCAUGCAAAACAAAUCAUGGAUACUUGGGGAACCAAUUAAUUCCAUCCAUCUUCCAUUUUCCUGAUUCAAUUGUAGAGGUGGUGAAAAAUUUGGAGGUUGCCUCCUCAUUGCUCCACAAGAAGGCAUCUCAGGAAGUUUAGAGAAUGUGUAGAUGGGGGAAGCUGGUUCACUGUACAGUAGGCUAAUACUAUACAUGAUCAGUCUGAUUUAGUAAUGAAUAGAAAUAUUAUUUGCUCUAUUACAAUUUUGCCUCUGUAUAUUGUUCUAUGGCUUGCUUUCUCCUCCUCUCCCCCCCCUUUUGUACGAUUGACUUGAAAUUUGGUUAUGUUGGUUUUAGGUAAGUAAUGAAUCAAAUUACAUGAGCAUCUUAUGUGA